AUGGACAUGCAGCAGGUUGUAAUGACCGACACCCCGCAGCGGUCAGAAACAAACUUGAAAGGAUUCUCCUGUCUAAGUUGCCGCCAGCGCAAAGUCAGAUGUGACAGGCGAACUCCGUGUCUCAACUGCGUGAAAGCGGAGAGGCAAUGCAGCUUCGUUGCCCCGGUUCGUGGCAAGAGGAAGCGGACGAAGCCUCCGCGAGAGACGCUCCAUGCGCGGGUGAAACGAUACGAGGAGAUGCUCAGGGCGUACGGCGCCAAGAUUGAGCCUUGUGAUGACUCUGAUGUGUCUGAAUCGGAAACAGAGCCUCGAACCAUUACGCCCGAGUCGAGUGAAGGCAUGUCGGCGAUGAGGAUACAAGGGUGUUGCAUAAUGCCUGAAGAUAUCAAACCAAAGUUUAUCAUGAAAGAGGGUGCAUCGAGAUACUUUGAUAGUGCCCUCUGGUCCAACUUGUCAGACGAUUUUCAACAUCCAGAGUCCACUAAUUUCAACGAUGUGGGAGAGGCCGUGCCUAUCGAGCAAGACAACCACAUCGAUGAAGGCGGGUUAUUCUUUGAACAGGAACACACUGACAAGAUUGAAAACCUUUCGAAGCUGCACGCAACCCCGCAGCUUCUCUCAAAAUUGAAAGAGAUUUAUGCUGAUCGGGUGGAUCCUAUGAUGAAAAUCCUGCAUCUUCCUACGUUUUGGGUUGCAGUGACGAAUGCGCUUCGACACCCUGACAACAUGCCCAAGAGCCUGGAGUCGCUCAUCUUUGCCUUUUACCUGGUUACCAUCAGCUCGUUGAAGGAGGAUGAAUGCCAGACUUUGUUUGGGACGUCACUGUCGGCCAUGAUGUCUCGCUAUCGCGUUGCGACUCGACAAGCCUUGAUAAAUGCCAGGUUCGUGUCUACAUCGAAUCUCAUGACACUCCAAGCGUUUAGUAUCUUUACAGUUUGCGUCAGAAACACGUAUCGAUGCGACACUCUCUACAUCCUAUCAGGCGUGGCUAUUCGCCUCGCUCGAAAAAUGGGCCUUCAUCGAGAUGGCACGUUCCUCGGACUCUCUCCCUUUGAAACAGAAAUGCGAAGGCGCCUUUGGUGGCACCUUGCUCAUGUUGACUGUCGCACGGCUGAUGUGAUGGGCACCAAGCCGUCUCCAGAAAUAUCCAGCGGUGAUACACAGAAGCCCAUCAACGUGGACGACGAAGAACUCUACCCAGACAUGAAGAGUCUGCCAGCCGAGCGCAACGGCAUUACUGGAAUUUCUCUUUGCCUGCUCAAAUGCGAGAUUAUGGAGACUUUGUGCAAGUUUGCAAGCCCGUAUCCCACUGAUUUGCGCUGGGAAAUGCUCUACAACCCCGAUAUUUCGGUUGCCAGAAAGGACAACCUCAUAGACGCUGUUGAAGAUCAUCUGGAAAAGAAGUACCUGCGGUACUGCGAUCUCGCGAAUUCACUACACACCUUCAUUUCUGUCAUGAUCCGAUCAGCAAUAUGCAAGAUGAGGCUUUUUGCUCACAAUCUUCGGCAAUUCGCCCAUCAUUCCGCCAAGGCCACCCAAAAAGACCAUGACAUAUCAUUCUUCAACGCCAUGAAACUAUUAGAAUACGCGAAUCUGAUACAGGGCGGCCACAUGGGUGUCGACAAGUACAUGUGGCAGAUUGGCACCAGUUACCUAUGGAACACGAUGCUCUACCUUCUCAUCGAAGUUCGCAGCCGCAAAACGGGACCUGAUGUCGAAAGAGCCUGGCAGCUGAUUGCAAUCGUGUUUACACGGUGCCCCGAAGUGUUGGAGGAAUUCACCGGGUCCGUCUAUGUGGCGCUGGGUAAAUGGACAAUCGAGGUCUGGGAUAGUUACAUCGCAGCUUCGAAAGCAGAGGGCCUUCCAGAGCCAGCGACGCCCGACUAUAUCAAUGAGAUUCGGGAGUGGCAGAGGCUCAAGAUGGAAUCUGAAGCCGCGGCGAAGAAGGACAAGGCAGAGGCGAGGCCCGUGACUCGGCAUUCGAAUGUUUAUGAGAAAUUCUCGUAUGCAGACUAUCUUGAUACGGGGUUUUCGGAAUCACAGUAUUUCCCAAACUUGUUUUCUUUUGAAACUGAUCCGAAUCAGUGGUUGCAGUGGGAACAAAUGGUGACGGAACAGGGGCUUCCGAGUUGA